UGAAGAUGUGUUAGCGUCGUUCUGUCUGCCACCGAAACCAGAAAAUGUGGCGCACAUUCGACAGCACCACCCUGAGAGCCUUGCGGCAUAGUUCGUUUCUCUUCUCUUCCUCUUCUUCCUCUUCUUCACUCACCGCCAUUUGUUACUCCUCUUCCUUCACCACUCUCGCCACAAUCAUCACUCAUCCUCACUCUUUUACCCCAACGUCCCGCGUUUCCUUCAACCACUCGCGCCACUUCGCCGUCCCCGCUCCGCGCUGCGUUUCGUCGCUCCCCAACCUCGACUGGAACGACGCCGUUUCCUGCUCCGAGGUCAAUGCGGAAAGCCGCGAUGCCGGAACUGUCGACCAAGACACCAAGCCUUGUAUUCCCGUCAGAGCCUUCUUCUUCUCUACUAGUGUUGAUUUAAAAAGCUUGGUGGAACAGAACAAACCAAACUUUGUGCCGCCAUCAUCACGGAUGACUAAUUAUAUAGUUCUUAAGUUUGGUGAUAUAUGUCAUUCGAAGGGCUCGGGUUCUUUCUUGAGUGGAAGCAAUGGCUGUUACAUGGUGGUUUUUCAGUAUGGUUCCAUUGUAUUGUUUAAUGUCGCUGAGCAUGAGGUAGAUGGCUAUUUGAAAAUUGUUAAGAAGCAUGCAUCUGGUCUGCUUCCAGAAAUGAGAAAAGAUGAGUAUGAAGUUAGAGAAAAACCAUCUUUAAGCACAUGGAUGCAAGGUGGGCUAGAUUACAUAAUGUUACAGUACUUGAACAUUGACGGAAUUCGAACUAUUGGUAGUGUUCUAGGUCAAAGUAUUGCUCUUGAUUACUAUGGUCGGCAGGUUGAUGGAAUGGUUGCAGAAUUUACAGACAUAAACCGUGAGAUGGAAGCAACUGGAAAAUUUAAAAUGCAAAGGAAGAAACUUUUCCAGUUGGUGGGCAAGGCAAAUUCAAAUCUUGCUGAUGUCAUUCUAAAGCUUGGACUAUUUGAGAGAGAUAGCUACUGAAAAGCGAAGAUUGGUAGAUGACAAGGUGGCUGUUAGGAAGCAAAAUUCAUGGAAGGUCACAAUUCAUGGGUAAUUGACUCUGGUGCUUCUGAUCACAUUUCUGGUAAUACCUCCUUGUUCUCAACCAUUUCAUUCCAAGAAAAAUCUCAUUUUAUAACCCUCGCAAAUGGUUCUAAAACAUCCUCAAAGGGAGUCGGUCAAGCCAUCUUAUCUCCGUCCUUAAAUCUAAAAUCUGUCCUUUUUGUCCCUAAUUGUCCUUUCAAUUUAAUUUCCUUAAGUCAGUUAACCAAAACAUUGAAUUGCUCUGUAACCUUCGAUAACAAAUCUUUUGUUAUACAGGAGCGUGGCUCGGGGAGACGGAUUGGAGAAGGAUAUGAAGCGGGCGGAUUAUACCAUUUUGGAUCUCGUCCACGUGUGUCAUGUGUUGCAGCCCCCAAUCCUAAAAUGUUACAUGAUCGGCUUGGUCACCCUCACCUGUCCAAGUUAAAGAAAAUGUUUCCUGAACUUAGUCGUCUCCAGACUUUAGAAUGUGAGUCAUGUCAACUAGGAAAACAUGUUAGAUCUACCUUUCCUAAAAGAUCUCAAUCAAAGUGUACUUCUAGUUUUUCUGUCAUCCAUUCCGAUAUCUGGGGACCUAGUCGUGUCUCAUCUUUUGGCUUUAGGUAUUUUGUUACUUUCAUUGAUGAAUAUUCGAGAUGUACUUGGGUUUAUCUUAUGAAAGAUCGUUCUGAA